CGCUCGUGGUACAUGCUGACGCUUCACUGGGACAUAAUGGGGAGAGUGAGGUUAUCGGUGCUGCAGGCAGUGGAAGAGGACAUAGGCACCCAUCAGCUGGAGCGCCUGGUGAAGCUGCUGACCCUGAAGGAGUGCGAGGACCUGGUGGUGGCGCUGUCGAGUCCAGAGGAGGACGUCUUCAAACGACUGGAGCUUCUGUCCCCGGAGAAUAACCAGCUCAGACUGCAGCCGCUGAACAAGAGAGCGCUGCUGUCCUCUGCACAGGAGGCUGAGGCCGAGUGCAGGAACGCUCUGACUGAUUGGUUAGUGGAGAAUGGAGAGGAGAUCUACCACAACAGGCUGACCAGAGCUUUGCAGCACAUCGGUAGAACUGAUGUGGCCAUUGAAGUGGGAAAGAACAUCAACCAGGACAAGUCCCUGAACCUGAAGCGAUACGUUGAGGACUAUCAUAAAAUAGUGAGCUCCUUCAACGUGCCAGAGGAGCAGCCCAACGCGACGGACAAAAAGACAAGAAGACUCAAAUUGAGCGAUCUGAGCGGGAGAGACUUGGACGUGAUAAUACAGAGAGCCCCGGUGCCGCCGUACGGGAUGGGACCUCUGGACGUGCUCAUGCCCGUGUGCUGGGGCUUCCUGCUGGGCUUCUGUGGGACACUGCUGAUUAUGUUGUGUUUCUCAUGGUUCCACUCUAUUCUCAAGUGCUUUUUCAGUGUUCGGCCGGUGGAUCCACAUAUGGACGCUUGUGCCCGAUUGGCAUUGACCCCGCAGAUAAUGAUCCAGACUGGCACACGCGCUAGAACCCCCCCGCCCCACCGCCCGGGGGCCCCUUCCACCCACCCAGGGCCCCCUCCGAUUCAGGCCCCUUCAGCCUUUUCAAGAGGCUAA